AUGGCGGCGCUGCUUGCAGCACCCACGCCCGCCGGGCAGAUGCCACAGUACGUGUGCUAUCUUUGCACACGGAAGUUUGCGGAUGCCACGGCGCUCAGCACUCACGAGAAGUACUCGCAGCUGCACCAGCAGAACCUGGAUCGCCAGGACGAGCUGAUCAAGCAGCACAAGGAGGAGGUGAUGAACAGCGUCCAUCGGCUGCGCCAGCAGCUCUUGGAGGCGAUGAACUCCACGAACCCUGUCACGAGCAGCCGGGCUGGGGCCUUGGAGUCCCAGCUCCGGCAGCAGCUUGGGGAAUUUGGCCAGGCCCAGGAGGCUCUGGAGCACCGCCGCGCCGUGCGCGGAGCGGACCCGGCGCGCCUGGCGCGCGGCGCGCAGGCUGACGUGAAGCAGCCGCAACUGCGACCUCUCUACCGUGAGCUGAAGGUGGGGCACCUGACGCUUGAGCUGGGAGCUGCCUGCUGGCAAGGCGGCAAAGAGACGAACGAAGAUCGCUUCGCUCUGGACCUCGAGUUGCUCUCAGCAGAUGGACUGCCGGUUCCGGGCGUGCUGGUGCUCGAUGGACAUUCUGGACACCGAUGCGUGGAGCACUUGGCCGAGAGGCUUCCCAAAGUCUUGCAGAUGAGACUGGCCAACAAGCCCAACUUGACAGACGAACAUCUCCGAGACGCCGUCCUGGAGGCCUGUGCGCUGGUGGAUGACGAGUUUCUCUGCUGGGCGCGGCAGCAUGAGGCGAUGGACGGAUCGACUCUGCUCUUGGCCUUAGUCUACGCCGAGCAGGGCGGUGCUUACAGGCUCUUGGUGGCCAACGUGGGUGACUCCCGAGCGGUGCUCUGUCGUGCGGCCAAAGAGCCCUCGGCCCAGCAGCAGCCUCUCCAAGCCUGCCGCCUCUCCGAGGACCACAAGCCCAACCGCCCUGACGAGCAGCAGCGCAUUGAAGCGUUGGGCGGCGUGGUGGACCUCUACGGCGUCUGGAGAGUCUUCUGCCCGUCGCAGGUCUUCUUUGGAGGCCGCGCCAUCCCGCGGUGGGGCCUUGCAGUCUCCCGAGCCUUCGGCGACCUCCUUCUCAAAGAGCCCCAGAAGUAUGGCUGCGAGCAGGUCCGAGGCGGUUUGGUCACCGCUGAGCCAGAGUUGCGAGUGGUGGAGCUGGAUCCUGCAGUAGAUCGCUUUCUGGUCCUUGCAUGCGACGGUGUUUGGGAUGUACUUCAGGACAGUGAUGCAGCAGCGGUUUGUGCAAGCGCAGCUGGAGUGGAAUUGGCUUCCCACUCACUGGUAAGGCACGCAUUUGCGGCUGGUUCCGGGGACAACUUGACAGCUGUGGUGAUGACAUGGCGCUGCGAGUAA